CUCUCUCAAUCCCAGGGCCGGCCAAUCCCCAAAUUCCUAAACCUUACAAUCCUCUUCAUCUGCGGGAUUCCGUCCAGCCUCCGCUGAGGUCGACUUGGACUGCUCUCAAAGCUUUUUCAUAAUCGAAAGUUGUUGCUAUGGAAGAUGCUGUGAAAGUUGCCAAGGGGUUCGAAUCAGCAAAACAAAUGAUUGAGAAGCUUGGCAAUGCAUUUAAUGAACUAGAAUCUCGCAGAGAGGCAUCAUUGCCAAAUAAUACACAGUGGGCAGACAUCAAAGGAUAUUUUGGGGAUAUCGAGAAAGCACUGCAUGAAAAGUUAAGCGAGGUAGAAGAGAAAGAGAGAAUAUUAGAAGAAAAGCGAUCAGAGUCCUCCAAAUUGGUUGCAGAAAGAGAGGCAGCUGUUGCUGCAAAGGAACUUGCUUCAUUGGAUCGGCUUCAGGAGCUGAAAGAUGCUGCUGUCUCUGCUAUAUCAGAGGCACGCAAGAAUUGCAAGGCGCCAACUCCAGUGCUAGUUGAUGUAAAAGGAAACAAAGAUAACAAGGUAAGCACCUCUACCAUUGAUGGCCCUAAUGCACCCACUCCACCUGAGGGGAACCCCCCUGAUAAUAAAUCAGGUGAUCCGGCUGAAGCCGUGGCUGGCGAAGUUAAGCUUCGCCCUCAAUUGAUGGAAGUUUGUGAAAAGAUGGAUGCAAAAGGGCUUCUGAAAAUUCUUUCAGAUAAUAAGAAACUCCUUACCACCAUUGGUGAGGAACUUUCUACUGCAUUUAAAAGUGCACCUGAACCAGCCCGGUUAGUGCUGGAUUUCCUGGAGGGCUUUUAUCCUCAAGAUCCAUCCAACUCCCAGGGUGGUGAGAAUAAUGCCCUUCAGGUCCUUCGCAGAACCUGUCAUGUUGUGUUGGAAGCUGCAGCCCCCCUCUUGGUGGUGGCUGAGCAAGGUAAUGACCACCCUGUGAGCUCUGAAAUUAAACAGCAGGCCAAGGCAAUUGCUGAUGAGUGGAAGGCCAAAUUGGCUGGAGUAGAUAUUGAUGCUUCUAAUGGAUACUCAUUGGAAGCAGCAGCCUUCCUGCAACUUCUAAUCACUUUUAGCAUUGCAGAAGAGUUUCAUGAAGACGAACUCUGCAAGCUUGUCCUUUCUAUCUCUCGGCGUAGGCAGGCACCUGAGCUUUGCCGUUCUCUUGGAUUAAUACACAGAAUGCCAGGUGUGGUUGAGACUUUGGUUAAAACUGGGAGGCAGAUUGAUGCAGUACAUUUUGCUCAUGCCUUCCAGCUUACAGAGACCUUUCCUCCUGUUCCGCUGUUGAAGGAAUACUUGAAUAAUGUGACGGGGAAUGCCCAGGAAAGUACUGGGGAUGCUGCGGUUGUGGGUGGACAGAAGGAUGUUAACAAGGAGAUUGGUGCGUUGAGGGUCAUCACCAAGUGUAUUGAAGAGUACAAGCUUCACGAAGAGUACCCCAUCGAACCUCUGAAGACACGAAUGGCUCAGCUCGAAAAGGCAAAAUACGAGAAGAAGAGAACAGCACAACCACCAAAAACCCAACCAAAGAAGCCCAAGUCAAAUGGUGGGUAUGCUUCUCGAAAGCCAUCUGCUUUUAUUGACAAUAGACAGAUGCCCCCUCCAGUUUACGAUGAGAGGGCUAUGUAUCCAACUAUUACUGAUAGGUAUUCUGAGAGAUAUCCUUAUGCAACUCAACCGGCUUAUGAUAUGGCUAGCCAUGCUCCAUAUGUUCAGCAACCUAGCACUCAAAGACCCUAUCAUUAUCCUGAUGAGAGAGUUGCGCCUCCUGCUCCUUACAGUAGUUCAUCAAGCUACGGAACUGCAGGCUAUGGGACAACGAGCUAUGGGAGCUACACUGGCUCUGGGUAUCAAUCUUCAACAACAAGCAACUAUGGGAAUUAUAUAGGUACUGGAGUUCAAUCUGCUUCGCCCGGUUAUGGAAGCUAUACUGGUGCUGGAGGACAGCAAUCUCACCAGCCUUACAUGUAACAAGAUUUAGCGGUUUAGGGUGCCUUGGCUGACUAGUUAGCAUGCCGUUGAGGGUUCAAUGCGUAUUUAUGGCAAUCACAACAUACUAACAUCGAACUGUAUUGUUGUGUUUCUGUUCUGGUGGUCCCCAAUAUGAUCUCUGUUGGCAUUACGUGUUAUUGUUGAUAGUCCGAUAUAGCUUCUGCUGUUAUUGUGAUUUGUUUCUUUGUAUAUCUACAUUUGUAUGAUUUGUCGGCCAGGUGAUGGCUGUUGCUGUGA